CAAUCCAAAUGUAAUUACAAUCAAGAUUCCUAACACAUGGAACUAGGGUUCUUCAUACCCAAGUGAGAGAGAGUUCUACUCCAUAGAGAGAGAGAGAGAGAGAGAGAGAGAGGAAAACAGCAAACAAAGUAGUCAUACUCAUCAAGAUGGGAAGAAUCUGCUCUGGGAUGAUGAUCUUCACUCCAAGGAUGAUUUCCAAGCUUGAUUGAUGAAACCCAGCUCCAAAACCACUCUUAGGAGGUGUUCUUCGCACUUUCUCUCUCUAGGGCUCUGUUUUUGCUCCAAAAAAUCGAUUCCCUCUCCUUUGGCUCGAAUUUGGGUUAAUACCCAGAAAUUCCCGACCACAUGGCCGUGUGGCUUUCCCAGCUGCCCGUGUGAGUGUGCAAAACGCGGCGUUUCGAUAAGUGGACUUCAGGCAUGCUACACGGUGAUGACUCGAUAUUUGCACAUGUUUUCACCUUUGUUGCUUGAUCGUUUAAGCUUGCAUUAUCGCUUCUUUGGCCUAUUUUAUGCUAGGUUGUGUUCCUUUGUCACAUUUCAGGUCCUAGCACAUAAAGUGAAGCAUAGGCGCAAGUUUCAAAUCAAUCAGAGAUCAAUUGACGAUUCGGGAGAAGAAACUCGGGCAUGACCUGAAGAAGAAUGGAUUUCUACCUCACUUUAUGGAAAAAGAAUCAUGCAAGCUUGCCAUGAAAAGAAAAAGGAUGAGACUACGAGCGUCUGGGAACAAACGGGGACUGAUUCGGAGUCCGGACGAGGGAGAAACGAAGCAUUAAACAGAGGCUGAGCAAGCCACACGAGCAUCCUAGAAUUCCACACGGCCGUGUGGGUCGUGGCCGUGUGGAAAUUACCGAGCCUUCACACGGGCAGCUGGGAAAGCCACACGGCCGUGUGAUCGGGAAUUUCUGUUUAAAACUCGAUUUUCAUCCAAAGGAAAGGGGAGAGCUGGGUUUUUGGUUCCCAAACACCCAAGGGAUGAACCCUAGAGAGAGAGAGCGACUUGGGAACAUUCUUAGAGCUAUUUUGGAGGAUUUCUUCACCAUUGGAGCUCGGGAAUCAAGCUUGGAGAUGGAGAUUGAAGAUCUAGAUCAGAUUUCUGCAGUCUCUCUCUUCUCUAUGGAGUAACUUCCCUUCACUUAGGUUUUGAGGAACCCUAAUUCCAUGUGUUAGGAUCUUUCUUGUAUGAAGUUUUGGAUGCUAUAUUGUUUGAUUAUAAUCGAUUGAGGCAUGAUUUAUUGAGUCAAUUGAAUCUUGAUCAAAUUCUCUUGAUUUCUGCUUUAACCUAUGAUAGAUAGAAUCUGAUUAGGUUAAGAGAGCUUCCUUGAUUGAUGGUGGUGAAUUGGUUAUACGAGAGUUAGUCAAUCUACUGCUUUGUACUGGAAUCCAAUUCCGGUAGUGGAGUUCUGUGUUCAUAGCCUCAGCUUUCUAUCCCGGUGAAGGUUAGUCGCCUGCCGGGUAGUUGGACUGAGAGCAAUGCAGUCAAAAGCGUGAUUCUACCUAGAAGCGGUUGGGUGACCUAGAAGAGUAAAACCGUAAGCUUUUAAGUUAUAAAACGUAGAUUUUGACUACAUUUGUAAGGAAAAAUCAUGAUUCUACGUAGAAGCGUUUUGGUGACCCAAAAAGGUAAAAGCGUAAGCUUUUAAGUUUUAAAGCGCGAUUUUGACUGCGUUGACUGAGAGGGCUUGGUUAGCUUAAGAGAUUCCAAGCUACUGUCGGAUCUUCCGCAGUUUAAUCAACAGUAGAUCAACCAAAGGUAAUUGCAACUUGGACCUAAUUGAGGAGCUAGGGAGAAUCAUACCUAAGUGAGUUCCCAACUUGUAGUUAAUAGAGUAGUUAGUAGAGUAGUUUAGUAAAUCAAUCCUUAAUCUAGUUUGCUAGAUAAUGAACUGAAGCUGAGUAAUAGUAACUCUAGAGACCCGUGGAUUCGGUAUUUAUUACUUGUGCCACUAUACUGCAGUCACAUUCAUUGGUUACACUUGGCCAUUGUUAGGUGUUGUGUUUUAGCGUGUCAAGUUUUUGGCGCCGUUGCCGGGGACUUUCUAGAUUAUUAGGAAAGGCAGAAGUUUGUUACUUUAGCGUUUUUUUUCCACCCUUGCUUUUCACUUGGGUGUUUUUGUUUUUGUUGGUGCAGAUCUGAAUCAUGGAUCCUCAUGGCUUCUCCAACAAUUGGGGGUAUCCACCACCACCCGAGUGGUAUUACCCCGAGACUCCUUGGAGCAAUAAAGGAAGAGAAGACUAUGGAUUCGGGUUCCAGUACCAACCUCCGUACUACGGAGAACAACCGGACCCCUGGGCAUAUCAAGAACAACCUCAUUACCAAGAAGAAUCUGCUCUGGGAUGAUGAUCUUCACUCCAAGGAUGAUUUCCAAGCUUGAUUGAUGAAACCCAGCUCCAAAACCACUCUUAGGAGGUGUUCUUCGCACUUUCUCUCUCUAGGGCUCUGUUUUUGCUCCAAAAAAUCGAUUCCCUCUCCUUUGGCUCGAAUUUGGGUUAAUACCCAGAAAUUCCCGACCACAUGGCCGUGUGGCUUUCCCAGCUGCCCGUGUGAGUGUGCAAAACGCGGCGUUUCGAUAAGUGGACUUCAGGCAUGCUACACGGUGAUGACUCGAUAUUUGCACAUGUUUUCCCCUUUGUUUCUUGAUCGUUUAAGCUUGCAUUAUCGCUUCUUUGGCCUAUUUUAUGCUAGGUUGUGUUCCUUUGUCACAUUUCAGGUCCUAGCACAUAAAGUGAAGCAUAGGCGCAAGUUUCAAAUCAAUCAGACAUCAAUUGACGAUUCGGAGAAGAAACUCGGGCAUGACCUGAAGAAGAAUGGAUUUCUACCUCACUUUAUGGACAAAGAAUCAUGCAAGCUUGUCAUGAAAAGAAAAGGACGAGACUACGAGCGUCUGGGAUCAAAUGGGGACUGAUUCGGAGUCCGGACGAGGGAGAAAUGAAGCAUUAAACUGAGGCUGAGCAAGCCACACAGGCAUCCUGGAAUUCCACACGGCCGUGUGGGUUGUGGCCGUGUGAAAAUCACAGAGCCUUCACACGGGCAGCUGGGAAAGCAACAAGGCCGUGUGGCCUGGCCGCAUGAUCGGGAAUUUCUGUUUAAAACUCGAUUUUCAGCCAAAGGAAAGGGGAGAGCUGGGUUUUUGGUUCCCAAACACCCAAGGGACGAACCCUAGAGAGAGAGAGCGACUUGGGAACAUUCUUGGAGCUAUUUUGGAGGAUUUCUUCGCCAUUGGAGCUUGGGAAUCAAGCUUGGAGAUGGAGAUUGAAGAUCUAGAUCAGAUUUCUACAGUCUCUCUCUUCUCUAUGGAGUAACUUCCCUUCACUUAGGUUUUGAGGAACCCUAGUUCCAUGUGUUAGGAUCUUUCUUGUAUGAAGUUUUGGAUGCUAUAUUGUUUGAUUAUAAUCGAUUGAGGCAUGAUUUACUGAGUCAAUUGAAUCUUGAUCAAAUUCUCUUGAUUUCUGCUUUAACCUAUGAUAGAUAGAAUCUGAUUAGGUUAAGAGAGCUUCCUUGAUUGAUGAUGGUGAAUUGGUUAUACGAGAGUUAGUCAAUCUACUGCUUUGUACUGGAAUCCAAUUCCGGUAGUGGAGUUUUGUGUUCAUAGACUCAACUUUCUAUCCCGGUGAAGGUUAGUCGCCUGCCGGGUAGUUGGACUGAGAGGGUUUGGUCAGCUUAAGAGAUUCCAAGCUACUGUCGGAUCUUCCGCAGUUUAAUCAAUAGUAGAUCAACCAAAGGUAAUUUCAACUUGGACCUAAUUGAGGAUCUAGGGGGAAUCAUACCUAAGUGAGUUCCCAACUUGUAGUUAGUAGAGUAGUUAGUAGAGUAGUUUAGUAAAUCAAUCCUUAAUCUAGUUUGCUAGAUAAUGAAUUGAAGCUGAGUAAUAGUAACUCUAGAGACCCGUGGAUUCAAUAUUUAUGACUUGUGCCACUAUACUGCAUUCCCUUUCAUUGGUUACACUUGGCCAUUGUUAGGUGUUGUGUUUUAGCGUGUCACACGGCCAAAACCACACGGCCGUGUGGAUUUCCAGGCUUCCCGUGUGAGUUCCCUGGAAUUUCCACACGGCCACAUGGGUUCCCUUACACAGCCAGUGUGGCUUUCCCGUGCAAUUUGAUGUCACACGGCCAGGUCACACGGUCGUGUGGGUUUUUAGGCGUGCCCGUGUGGCUUCUUCAGCUUCUCGCCAAAUGUCCAAUCUUCGUCCCAUCGACCCCAAACUCGUUCCCAAACCUUCAUUCACGUACUCAGACCUGAAAUAUCACAAAUAAUAACAACCUAGUGUGAAAUCGGCCUAAAACACGAGAAAUACGACUCAAAUGGUGUAAAAAUGGCGGGCAAAUACACGUGUAUAUAUCAAGUCAUCAAAUUCCCCCACACUUAACCGUUUGCUUGUCCCCAAGCAAACCAAGUCAGAUACAAGGUAAGCUCAGCAUAUUUCAAUCAUACCAACAUUGGGGACAAUUCAUAUAGGCACAGAACACGUGAAUCGUUCUGGCUUUUAAACAUCAACACAUGAACAACUUCAAUAGCAACCUGGACAACCACCAUAGAGGACAUUCUAGUGCAGCAAAAUCGAGUAAAGGAGGAGUCUCCCUUCUGUUCAUCAACCAACAUAUACUUGACUCAACCACUUAAUCAAGACAGUCACCUCAUGCACAAAACUCACAAUAUCAGAAUUGAGACCGAGCAAUCUAGGUCCUCACCAGGGUAAAAGAGUAUAGAGAAUAUGAGAAAAUGAAUCGCUCACUCUCGACCAGUGGGGUCAGGACAAUUUGAUGCGAAAAAUGCGCAUGCUUAUUCUCUCAAUCCCUAACUUUUCUUCACCAUGACGACAACCUCUAAAUGUUAGAUUUCACAUAAAUGGGUGUCAUCACUAACUAAUCCGGAGGUCUUAGACACAGGUUCAAGUGACUGGUUAGGGUCUUGGACAUGGGGAAAAGGCUUUUUAGGUGGUGGAAGUAUUAUGGCACAAGGUUCCACAAUUCCCAACCCAACACAAUCACAGUCAAUCAACCCACUUACUUUCUUUCUGCCAUUCUGCAUUACUAACAUUCUCUAGAGCACAAGAGCGAAGGAGGUCACAUAAAUGUUAGUAUUUCCAAGCCAGACUGCUAAGAAACACUACUUAAUGGGCACUAUUCAGAAUUUUGUGGUGGUGGCUUGACUCGCUAAAACACAACACCUAACAAUGGCCAAGUGUAACCAAUGAAAGGGACUGCAGUAUAGUGGCACAAGUAAUAAAUAUCGAAUCCACGAGUCUCUAGAGUUACUAUUACUCAGCUUCAGUUCAUUAUCUAGCAAACUAGAUUAAGGAUUGAUUUACUAAACUACUCUACUAAGUACUCUACUAAUUACAAGUUGGGAACUCACUUAGGUAUGAUUCCCCCUAGCUCCUCAAUUAGGUCCAAGUUGCAAUUACCUUUGGUUGAUCUACUGUUGAUUAAACUGCGAAAGAUCCUAAAUUAGCUUGGAAUCUCUUAAGCUGACCAAGCCCUCUUAGACAGAAUACCCGGCAGGCGACUAGCCUUCACCGGGAUAGACUGCUAAGGCGAUUCACACAGAUCUCCACUACUAGAAUGAAUUACAGUACAAAGC